AUGCUCCUCCGUGUGCUGCGUCGUCCGUUGCUGCAACGUCACGUGGCGCGUCAACGCAGUCACAUCCAACAAUGCACUGCCACGAAAACAAGAGAGCAGUACAGAAGAAGAAGAAAAAAAACGACCAACACGCAGUUGUGGGACAAAGUACUGGCGAGUCAGCCAGAAAAGGCAGCAACGCAGAAAGGCGACUUGCUCUACGAGUACCUGCGCAAGCGCUACUUCGGCCUCAUGUCGGCUGGGUCGCUUGCCCAUAUUGCAUUUUGGUCGUGGCUCAAGGGCUACGAGCAAAGUCUGGUGGAGAUGCACCCGGUCUUGGGCGAGCCGACGCUCUUUUCGUUCAUUUCGGACGAUCUUGGCUCGUCCGUGGGUUUCGGCACGAGUAUUAUACUGGCUGGACUCAUUGGGUUCCAAGCAAAGCGGACAGUAGCGCGCAUUUCGGUUGUUGCGGGCGGGGACAAGCUACGCUUCACGACCCACAAAUUCUUUGGGAAUCUAGGAACGCCCAUUGACGUACCGGUCUCGUAUGUAUCGGCACACCCCAACACCAAGAACAAUAUCAUCCUCAAGCUAGCGAACAUACGCGGUUUUUAUCUAGUGGACACGAACGGCAGCUUCUUCAACCGCGAAAAGCUCGAGCGGAUGAUUACGUUCCGCACCAGCUUUAAAGAGCACGAGAAAAUGAUGGAAACGAAGACGACCGUAGAAGUACGAACGGACUUGCCGCGUGUGGAUCUCAAGGCCGAUGCAGUGCAGACUGCGGCCAAGCGAAAGGUCUCGGCACGGCCGCAGUCACCGGCUCGUCACGGCAAUCUGCUGGGCAAGAAACAUGCAAAGGCGAGGAAGGGCGGCAAAAAGAAAUAG